UUGGAGAAUUUCUUCUGCUUGGGUUCACCAUUGUCAGUGUUUUUGGCAUUACGUCAAAAUGAAAUAUUCAAAGAAAACUUAAACUUGUUCCCAAUGUGGUUGGCCAAAAAAGUAUAUAAUAUUUACCAUCCUACAGAUCCUGUUGCUUACAGGUUUGAACCAUUAGUUGCAAAAGAUUAUUGUCGCUAUAAACCUGUUGGUAUUCAGGCCCAUGGUAUCAAAUGUGAUUACUCUGAAGUUCCUUUAGAACUAAUUGGAAACAUAGAUACUAGCUUUGAAGAGACUAAUGGAACUGAAGCUAAAGCCCCAGAUGUAAAAAAAGAAAAUGAAACGUCCAUUCGUAGAAUAAGUACUUUGCUUAAUAUGUCAAGCAGCAAUGAUAGUAAAGCCAAUAGUUCAAAUCAGUUUUAAGUUAAUACCUGUCCACUAUCAAGAAAUAGUACUCCAGUUGAAAAUUUGAAUCACCGGUUAGAUUAUAUAUUGAGAGAUAGUAUCGGAGGAUCGGCCAGUAAUUAUUUGUCAAUGUUGUAUACACAUACGUCAUAUUGGUCAAACUACGACGUAGCAUAUUUCAUUUACACUAGGUUAUUCCCCGAACUAGAUAAGACAAUGGAAGAUUUUCUAAAACCUGAAGAGAAAAUCCCCAAUUUUGACUUACAAUAAGAACAAGGUAACAGUUCUAAAGUAAAAAAAAAAUUGACCUCAGCUGUUCACAAUGUUUAUAAUGCUCAAUUUUUUAAACCUAAAUAUAAUAUACAUUAUAUGAAUAAGAGUAAAAUAAGAAAAAAAAAUAUUUGUUUACUG